AUGUCAUUCUUUUAAUACACUCAACCAUGAUAAAUACCAAACAGUUUUCCCAGCUGAAAACGCCAAAAAUCUCCAUAAAAAAGUAAUCUUUCCGAGUAAAUCAUUCGCUGCCGUGAAAUCUGCAUCAAACUGCUUGUUUGAUCAACAAGCAAUCCCUGCGUGUAAAGAUUUUUGUGAUUCUUGGAUGCUGAAAAGUUUGUAGCUUUGAUGAUGUGAAGUGGAGAUGUGAAGGAGUGGCUGAGGUUUUGGUGAAUAAAUUGAAUCAGUUUUGUUUUAUUUGUUUGAGGCAAAUGAGGUUGGAUUGGAGAGUUUGAUGAUGCUUGCUUGGUAUCGUGAAUCAGAAUUGUGGGAGAACAUAGAGGUGGAGAAAUUGAGAUUUAACUGCCAUUUGAUGCUGUCGUGGUGGUUGUUUCCCGACAAUUUUGAACAUUUGUAGUGUGAGGGAAGAAGUGUUCCUCAAGCAUUAGGUUGUGUAUAGUGAUUGAUUUUGGUGUAGCGUUAUUGUCGUUGUCGUUGCUCCAUGAUAAUUUAGAGUGUUUGUAAAAUAUACUGUGACAAAAAAAAGUAUGCUUGAGCAUUAGGUUCUGUAUAGUGAUAUUCAGGAAAAAAUGCAAAGAGUUCGAGUUUCAUCACAUCAGUCUCCGGUGCAUAAGCUGGGGGAUUCGCAGAUGACUUUGUCUCCGAAGUUUAAGUUAGCUGCAACAUGUUCUGCCUUGCUUGACCCUGCACUACAGUUCGAGCUAUCUAUGAGGGGGGAGCCUUUGAUUCCCGGACUUCCUGAUGAUAUUGCUCUGCAGUGCCUCCUUCGGUUGCCGGUCGAUAAGCACACAGCUUGCAAGACUGUGUCCAGGCGUUGGUACUCUUUGUUUGGAAGCAAAGAACAAUUUUUCACCCUGAGGAAGGAGCUUGGGUUUCACGAUCCAUGGCUUUUUGUAUUUGCUUAUCACAAAUGUACCGGGAAGAUCGAGUGGAAGGUUCUAGACCUCACCCACUUGUCGUGGCACACAAUCCCGGCUAUGCCUUGCAAGGACAAGGUGUGCCCGCAGGGUUUCCGGUGCGUUUCCAUCCCACACGAGGGGGCUCUCUUUGUUUGCGGGGGAGUAGUUUCCGACGUUGACUGUCCGCUUAAUUUAGUGUUGAAGUACGAAGCGCGUAGGAACCGUUGGACGGUCAUGAAGCAGAUGAUCACAGCCAGGUCGUUUUUCGCGAGCGGGGUUAUCGAUGGUAUGAUAUAUGUUGCCGGAGGUAAUAGCACGGACUUGUUUGAGCUUAAUUCGGCCGAGGUAUUGGAUCCUGAGAAAGGCAUGUGGCGGCCCGUUGCUGGCAUGGGGACAAUGAUGUCCUCGUACGACGCGGCAGUUCUAAACGGGAAGCUUCUCGUGACAGAAGGCUGGUUUUGGCCCUUCUAUGUCGUCCCUAGAGGUCAAAUAUACGACCCAUCAACUGAUAAUUGGGAGGAUAUGGCUGCUGGGCUCCGGGAGGGAUGGACAGGAUCAAGUGUUGUGAUGCACAGUCGCUUGUUUGUAGUGACGGAGCAUGAACGGACGAAAUUGAAGGUGUAUGACUCAGGGGAUGAUACUUGGGAUAUUGUAGAGGGUCCGGCUUUACCUGAGCAGAUAUGCAAGCCAUUCCGUGUCAGCAGUUGGGAGUCUAAGAUUUAUGUCGUUGGACGGAAUCUCCAUGUGGCCAUUGGCCAUAUUGUGAAGCUUGGUCCGAGUGCUACAUGUGAAAAGAAAUGUAGAUUUUCUGUUCAGUGGCAAAUGGUGGACGCUCCUGGAACCCUCUUUGACCUAACGCCGUCAAGUGCACAGGUUCUAUUUGCUUAGAAGGUGUUUGUUUUUCAUUUUUCGCUUUAUGUUCUUGUUUUGUCAUGUUCGUGCUGCUGCAUGAAUAACUAUAAGAGGGCCUAUGAAUUAGAGGGAAUUGCUUUGUAUGGAUUGCUUUUGUUAUAUAAAUAUAUACAUCAUAUAUAUGUGUAAAGGUUAUGUAUAUCUAUACUUGUUUACUUUUGCCUUA